AGAAGAAGAAGGGAACACAUGGAUACUUUUAAUUCAAAAUUUUUUAUACAUUCUUUUACUCAUGCAGGUGGAUUCAUAUGCUUAUCUACCUCCUAAUUUUGAACAUUCUCUGAAGUGUGAUGAAUCCGCUACUCUUGCAGUAUUUGAACGAAGAUAUGCCUUUUUGGACAAUCAUAUUACUGGGCAUAUAGUUGGUUCGACAGAUAAGCAGCCACUUCUUGAAACUCCCGGUGAGGUGUUUGAACUUAGGAAGCUUCUUCCAGCAUCAGUUCCUUAUGACUUUAAUAUCCAUAUUAUGGAUUUUCAGCCUGGAGAAUUCCUUAAUGUGAAGGAGGUCCAUUAUAACCAACAUGGUUUGUUGCUUUUAGAAGGACAAGGCAUUUAUCGGUUGGGUGAUAGCUGGUAUCCAGUCCAAGCAGGCGAUGCAAUUUGGAUGGCACCAUUUGUGCCGCAAUGGUACGCUGCACUUGGCAAAACUCGGUCACGUUAUUUGCUGUAUAAAGAUGUAAAUAGGAAUCCACUGUAGUCACAUACAGCAUGAUGUAUGAGCCGGUGGACUUUGACGAGAUGGUCUGAAUAACAAUUGAUCCACUUACAGUGAAUUAGAGUACGAAUUUCGUCGCCUGUAAACAUUAAAUUAAAUGGAUUGCAUUUAUCCUUAUGUAUUUAUGCACACAAAUUUGAUAACCCAACUUCUGGAACAUAUUUGCUUGUGAAAUGGCCGGUUUUGUCUAACCUUGUCUGCCAAAAUUGAAUUCACUUGUGAGACUGCUACAGUUUGUGAAUGUACAGUAAACAAUUAGUGAAAACUAUGCUUCUGUUGAUUGGAAGUUGGUUGGCUAA